UAUUUGGCGUAUUAAAAUCACCGUAUAAUCUAGGCUAUAUUACGCACAGUCAUGAACUCUGAAAAACCAAAUUUUCUAUCACAACCUGUCGUAAAAAACAUUUUUGUGUACAGAAACGGGGACCCUUAUUACGAAGCACGUCGUGUGGUGGUUAACGAGAAGAGGGUGUCCAAUUUUGAGACUUUUCUCAGGGAAGUCACUGGCGGUGUGCAGGCUCCUUUCGGGGCUGUUCGGAAUAUCUACACUCCAAAAGCAGGACACCGGGUGGACUCGUUGGAGCACCUGCAGAGCGGAGAGCAAUAUGUCGCUGCCGGCAAAGAAAAAUUCAAGAAACUGGAUUACCAGCAGAUCGGCCCCCGAAAGAGACGCAUGCUGCAGACUGUGGUGGGACAGCUCAAACCGGUCCCCCAGAGUCGAAUCAUAGUGUCAGCAAGGUUCCUGAAGCCCAUCAAAGAACCAUGUACAAUUUUUGUGGUGGCAAACGGCGACGUGCUGAACCCGGCGGUGAGGCUCCUGAUUCCCCAGAGGGUGCAGGGGCAGUACGAGAGGGUCCUGGAGAUGAUCACGGAGAAGAUGGGAUACAGGCUCCUGGGUGGGGUACGAAGCCUUUACACAUUUGACGGUGCUCUAGUCAGUGACGGUAAGGAUCUGGAGAACGGACAGUUCUAUGUUGCUGUCGGGCGAGAGCGGUUUAAACGGCUGCCUUACAGCGACCUGCUCUUCACUAAGCCACGAGGAAUGAGGAGGAUUCUAGGGUCCAAAGCCGCUUCUCUGCCACCCAUUUACAGGUUUUCGAAGCAGAAUGGAACAAGCAAGUCCAUGGCUGCGUGCAGCGACGGCGGCGACUCCAAGACCUCCCCCCCGGGGAACAAAGAGCACCUGUCGUCCAUCGUCAGGGAGAUCUCCCAGGCACGUCUCAUCUCCCUGCGUAAGAAGAGGAGCGGACUGAGCAUGUCUCUGGGCGUCCAGGACAACGGGUCCAACAUUCAUUCAUUCAUCUCUAACAUCGAUGAUGUCAUGUCUCGGGAGCUUAUAUAA